CCCUCCUUUCUCUUCCCCUCUCUCCCUCUUAUGCAGAAAGUUUAGAUCCAAUCUCAGUCCUCUAAAUCCUUGAAUCUCCCCAAUGGUUUCACUCAUGCACUUCAAUUUCAGAAAGGUACUUCUGCUUUAUCUUGUUCUGUUUCUCUUGACUUCUUCUAUGCUCCUUGUAUCCACAGAGACGGAUCCUGGGGGGCAUAAAAGCGAACAGUUUCUAGGCAGAAGAAGAUUGCUAGCAUUGGAGGAAGAUGAAGCAGUAAUCCAGCCUAAGAAGAAGAGUUCCAGUUUCUCCGCCAAGAACCAGACCAAGCUACUCAAGCCCAACCAAUCUACAAAAAACCAAACCAAGCUCAUCAAAUCAAAUUUAUCUACCGAAAACCAAACCAAGCUUAUCAAAGCCACCAAUUCAACAAAAGCAUCAACCCCCUCCUCCCUUUUCAAGUCCGUUCUCAAGAAGCUCAAUUCCACUUCCCAGCUUAAGAAGCUCGAUUCCACCUCCCAGCUUAAGAAACUCAACUCUACAUCCCAACUCAAGAAGCUCAAUUCCACUUCCCAGUUGAAGAAGCUCAAUUCUACUUCCCAGUUGAAGAAGCUCAAUUUAACAUUGAAACCCACCAAUCCUACCAAGUCCAGUUCAUCUUCCUCCAAGAAAGCCUCAGAUCUACUUAAAAUAAGCUCACCCAAAAACAAAGCCACCAAACCCACUUCCACAAAACAAACCCAGAGCCUUGUCGAAAAGAAGCUGAUUGACCCUAAAUCUUCAAAAUCCAAAAAGGACCAAACCCCACAGAAAAAACCCAAGCAGGAAAAUACCCAGAAGCAGAAACAACACCAAAAACAACCCAGCUGGAUUGACCAAGACGAUGAGGAUGAUUUGGUAUCCGAAUUCAGAGAUCUACCCCUCAAAUUCCAACAAACUCUCAUCCCAGACCUCGAGAGAAUCUCCACCACAUCAAAAGCCUACAUUACCAAAUACAACAAAGAAAUGACAAAACAAUUCAAACCCAUCGUGGGCCACAAGCACGCACCCACCAUUGCCACCAUUGUCUCCUGCGCAUUCAUCCUCAUCCCUCUAGUCCUGGUUUCCCUCAUCGUCAACCGCAUCAAAACCUACUUUUCACUCCAAAAACUCUUGAUUUUCAUCCAAGUUUACCUCUCCAUCUACUUCUCCAUCCUCUGCCUCACCUCCCUCGUCACCGGUCUGGAGCCUCUGAGGUUCUUCUACGCUACGUCGCCGUCCUCCUACGUCUGUUUGCAGGUGCUCCAGACGCUGGGGUACGUAUUGUAUCUGUUGCUGCUGUUGAUGUAUCUGGUGCUGGUGUUUUCAACGGAAUGUGGAUUGGGCUCAAAGCUGCUGGGCCUGGGGCAGACAUUUGUGGGCUUUGCGGUUGGGCUGCAUUACUACGUGGCGGUGUUUCACAGGGUGGUCUUGCAUCAACCGCCCAAGACCAACUGGAAGGUCCACUUGAUUUAUGCCACGUGUUUCCUUGUGAUUUGUUUGUGCGGCCAAGCUGAGAGGAGGAAGAAGGCUUACACACAAGAAGGCGGUGAUGAAGGGAAGCAAAACUAAUUCUUUUUAUUAUUAUUAUUAUUAUUAUUAUUGUAAAUUUAGUUUGUCCAAAAAUCAUAAUUUCCACAAUCUCAGCCUCCAAAAUUUGUGGCAAUAAAAAUAUACUCAUUGAAAUGAACUUGGCUGAGAAUUUCAAAGGUCUUAAUUUCGUUUUUCCAAGCCUUCAUUUUCAAUUUUGUUUUAUUUUAAGAGUCAUCUUAUUUGUGCA